AUGCUAAUUGGCACAAUGGGCGGCUCUUGCUUGAGCAGGGCUUCCAGCGUCCGUAAAGUGUUUCAGAGGCAGAACAAUAAUGGUGCGGCAGAGUCGAGCUCUCGGUACUGGAUGUCGACCUCCGAGUCAUUGUUCUCGGAAGAACAUCCAACUGAAGUGGAAGCGGGAGUGGUCUUUCAGGAUUGGUCUUUCUAUGUGAGGACCUCCCACCUAUCCUACACAUUCGAUCAAGGUUGUCACUGCGAAGCUAUAGUGAAGGUGCACGGGGUCUUACCGUCUAGCCGUUUUGAUGAUCAAUUCCAAAGAUGCGAUUCCUCCAGAAGCGCAAAUCUUUUCAGAGGAAGAAGCAAAAGCUCGUGGCGUGACCGAUCACGAGUAAAUUAA